CGCAAACGUAAAUCCUUUCCGCGUAAGAACUCGGUUUUCUGAUAUUCCUCUUCUUCUUCUUUGGAUCUUCUUUAACCUGCCCGGGGACGACGACGGAUCAUUCAUACUGCGUCCUGCAUUACACACCGAAAGAAACAUCCAGAUUGACACUAAUCGAGUAUGACUACAAUUGUCGAGAAAAUCGCCUCGCUCGGGGCCGAUGAGCCAUUCUUCUCCUUCGAGUUCUUCCCGCCAAAGACCGAUUCUGGUCUGCAGAAUCUCAUCGCCCGUAUUCGGCGUAUGGCUCAGCUCAACCCGCUCUUCGUCAACAUCACCUGGGGAGCCGGCGGCAGCACUUCCACCAAAUCCCUCGAUCUCGCGACCCUCUGCCACUCGGAGCUUAACCUGACCACAUGCCUGCACCUGACAUGCACAAACAUGGCGAAAUCAGUCAUCGACGAGGCCCUCGCCAACGCCAAAAAGGCCGGCAUCCGCAACAUCCUCGCGCUCCGAGGCGACCCGCCCCGCGGCGACGAGUACUGGACUCCCUCGGCUGACUCGCAGGAAUUUCUGCACGCCGUCGACCUGGUUAAAUAUAUCCGCAAGUCAUACGGCGACUACUUCUGCAUCGGCGUCGCGGCUUAUCCCGAAGGCUAUGCCGACGGCUCCAACCCAGAGGCCCAGGACCCGCUCAUCGAUCUGCCCUACCUUGCCGAGAAAACCGCUGCCGGGGCCGAUUUCAUCAUGACCCAAUUGUUCUUCGACACCGACCAACUCCUCAAAUUCGAAAAAAUGGUCCGAUCACACGAGUCUGGCGUGUUCAAGUCGAUCCCAAUCAUUCCCGGCUUGCUCCCAAUCAACACCUACCAGACCUUCAUCCGCACCGCCAAACUGAGCCACGCGCACAUCCCAGAGACAAUCUUCGAGCGACUGAAUGCGAUCCCGAACGCCGACGACGAGCAAGUCAAGCAGGUCGGCGUCGAAGUCCUCGUCGACAUGAUCAAGCGGAUAUACACCGAGACCGAGCAUCGCGUGCGCGGCUUCCAUUUCUACACUCUCAACCUCGAGCGCACAACGGCGAUGAUUCUCGAAAAGAGCGACGUCGUGCAUGCGGCUACUCAAUCUACGGCCGCAAAGACCGUCGUUCCCCCGGCCGUCGCGGCUGUGCCUUCACAAUCUAUAGAGUCGGUCAUCUCAGAAGUCAAGGACUUGAAGAUCGCCGACAGCGCAGCGGUGACCUCUGAGGCGUCUUGGGAUGACUUUCCUAACGGUCGAUGGGGUGAUCCUCGUUCGCCUGCAUAUGGUGAAAUCGACGGAUAUGGUCUCACUCUCCACGUCCCGGCCAAUAAGGCUCUCGAACUAUGGGGCCAGCCCAAGUCGACCGACGAUAUCUCCGAGCUUUUUGUCAAAUACCUAAAGGGAACUCUUCCCGUUCUCCCCUGGUCAGAAGAAGAAGGCCUAAGCGCCGAGACAAAGCUGAUUGAGAGCGAACUCAUCCGGCUCAACAAACUCGGCUACUGGACCGUUGCCUCGCAGCCCUCCAUCAACGGUAUCCGUUCCGACGACCCCGUUUUCGGAUGGGGUCCUCCUCACGGCUACGUCUUCCAAAAAGCUCUGAUCGAGUUCUUCGUCCCCGAGCAAAACUGGCUCACUCUCAAGCGCCGUCUGCAGACCACCGGCGGCGACUCGGUCUCAUACUACGCCUGCAACGCCAAAGGCGAUUUCCUCUCCAACAUGUCUGCCUCGGACGUGAACGCCGUCACGUGGGGUGUCUUCCCCAACCGGGAAGUCGUCCAGCCUACAAUCAUCGAAGAGCAGUCGUUCCGCGCAUGGAGCGAAGAGGCGUUUGGAAUCUGGAAGGAGUGGCAGCGGCUGUACCCCAAGAGCUCGCCAGCUUGGGAUUUGCUGGACCAGAUCCAUGGGUCUUAUUUCUUGGUGUCGAUCGUGCAUCAUGAUUAUGUUAACGAUAAGUCUUUGUGGGAUUUCUUGUUGCAAUAGAUGACUUCAACGGCAUGCUAUUGACUGUCUUCUCUAUCACAGCUUCUUUUUUAUUUCUCCACCUGUACAAUAACGGAAAACAGAAAAAAAGGUGACAUUUUUUGUUAUUAUAGAUAGGACGAAUGUGAAU